UGGACUGGUUGAUGCAGUACAGUGCUUUAGUAUUAACCCGUGUUCAGGCAGUUGGUAUGUGGCAGGUCCUACUUGAAGAAGGGGUCAUUGCACAUGGUCCCGGGAACGAACAGCUGAGGACUUGGAAAUUAUCUACGAGGAAUUACUGCAUAUAAAAGCACUGUCUCACCUCUCCACAAUGGUCAAACGUGAACUGGCCAGUGUUUUAGUGUUUGAAUCUCACAGCAAGAAGGGCACUGUUUUAUUCCGGCAGGGGGAUGAAGGUAAAUCAUGGUACAUUAUACUGAAAGGUUCUGUCAAUGUUUCCAUAUAUGGUAAGGGAACAGUGUGCCAGUUACAGGAAGGUGACGACUUUGGGAAGCUGGCUUUAGUUAAUGAUGCUCCUAGGUCUGCCACAAUAUUCCUGUGUGAAGAUAACUGUCAUUUUCUACGGGUUGAUAAAGAUGACUUUAACAGAAUUCUUCGAGAUGUUGAAGCUAACACAGUCCGCUUAAAUGAACAUGGUCAAGAUGUGUUGGUGUUGGAGAAAAUGCCAACUAACAUACAGGCACAAGAUGGAUCGAUACAGUCACACUAUAAAUAUUCUGUCAUGGCUGGAACACCCGAAAAAAUAUUGGAACAUCUACUGGAAACUCGAAUGGAGAAAACAGAUUCGUAUGACCACUUCUUGGAAAGCUUCCUACUUACUCAUGUGAUAUUCAUGCCAACCAAAAAGUUAUGCCCAGCUCUCAGAAUGCACUAUGAAGCAACAGCUGGUGCCAAACACGAGAGCCACGACAUCACAGUCAGCCAUAAAUGCCGAGUUAUCCAGUUUGUGCAAGAAUGGCAGAGUAUAUCAGGAGAUGAGUUUCUGGAGGAUAACACUAUCAGUGCCUUUCUUAAAGAACUUCACCAGGCCUUAACCAGGGACUGUGUGGAAUAUCCGGAGCUGAAGAAUGAUUUGAUAGUCAUUGAACACAUGAUACAGCUCAGAGCAAGUAACGUUUGUACAGACCCUGCAAAAUACUCAGUGAAGAAACGACUCACACCUAAUGUAACCCUGGCUCGGAAAGGCUCAAAUGAAAAUUUAAUAGAUGACAGUAAAUUCAGGAGAGGACCAAUUAAGGCUACUGAUGAAACCAUCUUUCGCGUGUAUUGUGCUGACCACAGCUACUGUACCCUCCGCGUUCCCAUGACAACCACAGUGUCCCACAUCAUUGCCCAAGCUCAGGAAAAACUUUCUCUAGGUGAAGAUUUGGUACUAUGUGAGGUGAAGUCAAAUGGAGAACGCAUUUUAUUCAGAGAGAAUGACUUGGGCAUUGUGAACAGUCUAAGUCUAAAUGGACGUCUUUUUUUAACACCACGGGAACAUUUAGAUGCAGUGACUCCUUUGCCAGAACAGGAUGAUAUUCUCUCUGGGACAGCAUCAUCUUUGGAACUUGUUGGGUCACAAGAAUUAGCUUAUCAUAUGACAAUUUAUGAUUGGGAACUUUUCACUUCGGUUCCUGAGUAUGAACUGAUAUAUCAAGUAUUUGGAAGAUACAAGUUUGCAAAAAUGACGGCCAACCUGGAUCUCUUCUUAAGACGCUUUAAUGAAGUCCAGUAUUGGGUUGUUACUGAAAUCCUCUUAACGCAAAAUCUCAACAAACGUGUUCAUCUUUUGCGUAAAUUCAUCAAACUAGCUUCAUAUUGUAAAGAAUAUCAAAACAUGAGCAGUUUUUUCGCCAUUGUGUUAGGUCUAAGUAAUAUUGCAGUAAGCAGAUUAUCUCAAACAUGGGAGAAACUUCCAGGGAAGUUAAAAAAGAUGUUUUCAGAGUUUGAAACCAUUAUGGACCCUUCUCGGAACCAUCGUGUCUACAGACUGUCCAUUUCAAAGAUGCGUCCGCCGAUCAUCCCAUUCAUGCCUCUAAUGAUGAAAGACAUGACAUUCACUCAUGAAGGGAAUAAAACAUACUAUGAUGGCCUGGUGAACUUUGAGAAAAUGCAUAUGAUUGCUCAGACGUUGAGAACUGUAAGAUGCUGCCGAAGUAUGCCACUAAAUUUGGAUAUACCAAGCAGUUCUGUGAAACCACCUUUUGAAGUUAAGGCUUAUGUAAGAAAUUUGUGUGUUAUGGACAAUCAACGAACAUUAACACAACUCUCCCACAAACUUGAACCAAGACGAACAUAACAUUGGUUAAACUGAAGUGAUUCAAUCUGCAGAGAACUUCUGAAUUUCAAUCACAGAUGACUAACUAUCUUAUCUUCACAGUUUAUAAAUUUCUACCACAGACAACUGGACAUCCCAAUUUCAUGGUUCCUGGUUUCUACCACAGAGGACUGGAUAUCUUAACUUCAUGGUUCUUGGUUUCUACCACAGUUGACUGGAUAUCAUAAUUCCACAGUUCCUGAAUUUCUCUCACAGAUGACAGGAUAUCUUAACUUCAUGGUUCCUGAUUUCUACCACAGAUGACUGGAUAUCUCAACUUCACAACGACACGCUCACUGAUAUCUGGUGACACUGGAAAGAAAUAAACCAGUAACAGAAAAUUUUCUGCAUUUUCUCUACAAACAUCUUUCUAGAUAUUAAUAUGGUUUUAGGAAUCAGAGAGAGAAAGAAAGAAUGCAAAGAAACCAAUUUGAAUUCCAGAGAAAUCAAAGUGAAUCUCCUAUAUGCAACAGUUUUCAGUGGAGGUGCUUUCUUCUGUGAAAGAUUAAGAUUGAAAGCUUGAAUCAAAAAAUGCCAUUUUCUUGAUAUCGGCAAAUAUUUAAUUGACUUUACCACUUCAUUCCACAGAAAUAACAGUUCAUAUCAUGAAACAACAGUGAUACGUAUGUGAAAAUAGAAUGUAACUAUAUUUUUUAUCUGUGAGACAAAAAUGCUACACUGUGUUAGGCACUAAAAGUCUGACAACUCUAUAGUGAGCCCAGUGACAUAAAGCUGGUCAUCAUAUGGCUAUUUUUUGACCAAUCAAUGUCUCUUGUAAGCCAUUCACUUCAUGAAUCUUUUAAAGUUUACAACCAAAUAUGUCAGGGUCGACGAAUCUAUGGGAAUAUGUUCAUUCUAGUAUUUUUUUAUAAUUACUCAAUUCAUGCAAGGCCAUAUAAUUGUUUUUGUUAAUUAGAUUCCUGUAAAUUAGUUUUGGCAUUGGUUAUAGAGUUCUCUCUCAUAUUAUCAGUGUUUAUUGAAAUGUUUUGCACUACAUUAACUAACACUACAGACACACCACUGACACCACAGAUAUACACUACUACAUUAACCACUGUUUCACAUGACCGAUAGGCCACUGAUUCAAACCUUACAUUAACCAACACUAUACAAACACACCAUUGUUUCACACAGCUCUAUAUACUAUUACACAACAGAAUGUGCAAUGUGACUUCAGGGAAAGAUGACUCCUGUCAUAUUUCAUCCUUAAACGGGGACCACAUAUUUUAUGUAGUAAAAUUACUACAAUAUAUGAUGGUCAGCUAUUGCUAGAAACUGGCCAAAUGCUUGAAGUUGAAUUCAAUAUUAUAAACCCCUUAUAAACUACAGAUGUUGCUCCAAAGUCUAUAAUUAGGGACAUCCUUGUCAACAGUAUGACCAAUAUUGCUAUUCACCACCAUUGCCAACAACAACAAUUGUUGUUGUAAGUCUGUCGUAGUCAGUUGUUUGUUAGCCUUUUUUAACACCUUCCCCCAAUGUCUUGUAUAUGCUGUUAUAUCUAUAUUGGCCUCUCUAUAAAUCAUAUGAAAUCCUUAUUUUCUUCCCUAAAAUAGAAAACAAAUCAAAUUUAUAAUAAUUUUUCCAGUAAUUUUUUUUUUUUAGUAAACUUCAAGUAUGGAACAGUUUCAUGGGAUCCAAAUCAGAUUAUGAAUGGAUUAGUUUCCUCUAACUGAUAAAUCUGGAUUUGUACUCCAAAUACAACAUGUAAAUUGUGAUCUAUUCCCAGAUAAAACCAUAUAAAUUCAAAUCUAUACCCAGAUCACAGUGCAUAAAGCAAAGUUUACACCCAGACUGAAUUAUCUUAAAAAGUUCAAACUCUCUUCCACUACAUUUCCUUAUUUGCUUACUAAUAAGAAAGUUAUGUCUUAUAUAUGUGUACAAGACAACCUUUAUCAUAUGAUUGUUAUUUACCUGUAACCAUCGUCAUGUCUGUUUUCUUAAUAUCAGAAGGUUUUGUCCCCUUGUAGUUGGCAUGGGUGGGAUAGAUGGAAUGGGUUAUUUUCCUUCAUUCUUGACCCAUCCUCAGGUGUGCAUGAUUAUAAUUUCAGAUCUAUCUUAGUAACAACCUACAUCAAAUAUUGAAAGUUUAAUUAAGAUUAAGUCUAUAGUUCAGCUUGGCUUGUUCAAUCUCCAGUUCUCAUCAGAUGUCGAAUUGUUGGUACAUCAAUUGUACCAGACUGAAUUUGAAUUACAAACCUUUAUUUCUAAACUGAUUGUAAUAAUGUUCUUUAUUCACUCAGCUACUGGUGCACAAACAGUCCAGUUUGGAAUGAUGUAGACAUCCAGGAAUAAGACACCUGAUGGUUAUUGGAGAUCAAAACAUAGUGUAAACAUAGCACAGUAAAUAAGGGUUGACAAUAUAGAAAAUAAUUAUAAUGUUAUAAAUACUUAUUACCAAGUCUUCCUUUUGACCCCAUCCCACACACUUCAACUCACAGCUCAGGCCUGUUGCCAGACUUUGGUGCCUGGGGGAGCUUCAGAAUAUUCUGAGUGAGCACUAAUUUGUGAUAAUGCUAAAGUGGAGUUUCAAAAUAAGUGUAUCACUGUAAAUCUGAAGAUACACCAUUGAAUAGUGAGGGGGCAGUGCCGUCCAGUGCACCCCCUUAGUGAAGGGCAUGACACAGCUACCUUCCAGUCACAAAUUACUAUCACAGAUCAUUCAUUCACAUGAUACACCAACUGUCUUUAGUUCCAAAUACAUUCUCAGUUACCCAGUAACCAAUCAAUCAUUCUUUGAAGUUAAAUAUUGCAUAUUCAGUUAACAAUUACUCUUGUUAUUCCUCUUCAGUUGCUGCUAUUUCCCUCUGUUUAUUCUUGGUCAUUCACAUCUCAUAUAGCCUCUGCCUUUAUUUCUAGAGAGAGAUUGUUGUUGUUGAUAAUGUUGUUAAUUCUCUGAAACUCUUCCAUUCCUCUUCCAACUUAGCCACUAUGCUAUCACUUGCUUCAUUUGAAGCACUAAUUACAUCGCCUUGGUAACAAAACCUGUCUACAAUUUGCAGCUGGUAUAAAUAUAAACCAUCUUACUUGAGUACUAGGUAUCAAGCAAGGUGGAUAUAACAUUAAACAUAGUAGUAAGGGUAUGUUUCAGUGAAUGGAAUUACACUGAAAAAUAUAUUUGAAACUGAAAAUUUGACCUUCCAGAUUCUAAAAAUGAAUGUAACAAAAAAAAAAAAGACAAAAAAAAGAAUUAACCCCAAAUCUUCAUGGAAACACAAAACCCUUGCCCAGAUAAAUCAUCGAUUCUAACCAAAGACAAUGAAAACAAAAAGAAAAAAAAACCCUUAAUUUAAAUCCUUUCUUUGAAUCUUUGCAAUAAGGGUUUUUGUUUGUUUUUAUUAAAGGAAAAAUUAUAUUUCAUAUUUAAACAGAUGAAUACAUGUGAAGGAAAGAUGUGAGAGAGAGAGAGAAAGAGAGAAAGUAUAAUAUGCAUGUGAGGUUAUCUGUUGUUGUUUUCAUUAUGGUAUACCAGAGUACCAAAUUGUAUUGUUGAACUUUCAAUGUGUUAUGAAACAGAUUGGCUUCAAUUGUUUUUGUGAAAGUUUCAAUCUUUACCUCACCAUUUACAAGUGAUGUGUUAUGAUCAGAUCAGUGUGACAUUUGCAAAUAUAAGUAAAACAAUUUCAUAUCAAAGUUAUAA